AUGAAGGUCUCCACAGCUCUCCUGUGGCUGCUGCUCACAGCAGCCGCCUUCAGCACCCAGUUGCUGGCUCAGCCAGAUGCCCUCAAUGCCCUGUCUGCUUGCUGUUUCACAUUUAACAAUAAGAAGAUCCCCUUGCAGAGGCUGAAGAGCUAUCGAAUCACCAGCAGCCAGUGUCCCCAGGAAGCCAUCAUCUUCAGAACCAAACUGGCCAAGGACAUCUGUGCCGACCCCAAGGAGAAGUGGGUCCAGACUUAUGUGAAACGCCUGGAUCAAAAAUCUCUGACGCAGAAGACUUGA